CUGCGUUAUGACUUUAAAACAUUUUUUUUCUGUGGUCUAAAAAGGGUGGGAUACUUAGCAGGAAAACUUGCUGAGGCUCUCAGGUCAAGGCAGCCGGAACUCAACAUCACUGACAGAGACGUCCUUUGUGUUCAGAUUGCUGGCCUCUGUCAUGACCUGGGUCAUGGACCCUUUUCCCAUCUGUAUGAUGGAAUGUUCCUCCCCAAAGCACUGGAAAAAAAGAGGAAAUUAAAGAAAUGGAAGCAUGAAAGGGGCUCUCGUCUCAUGCUAGACCACCUGGUGGAACAGAAUAAUUUUAAACCAACGAUGAAAAAGUAUGGACUGAAACCUGAAGAAGAUAUAACAUUCAUUAAGGAGAUGAUUGCUGGACCUCUACAGGAAUCUAAAGAGCAGGAGUGGCCGUACAAAGGGCGCCCAAAAGAAAAGUCCUUCCUCUACGAAAUUGUGUCCAACAAAAAAAACGGCGUUGAUGUGGACAAGUUUGACUACUUGGCCAGGGACUCUUCCUACCUGGGGACCAUGAACAACUUUGACUUUCGUCGCUUCCUGCAGUUUGCCAGAGUGUGUGAGGUUGAAGACAAAGACUGCAAAGAAGGAAAAAGGAAAACUAUCUGCACCAGAGACAAGAAGGAAGACCAUAUGUACCACUUGUUCUAUAUAAGACACUGUCUCCACAAAAGAGCCUGUCAGCACAAAGUAAACCAAAUCAUACAAGAAAUGAUUGCAGAGGCUUUUUUUAAAGCAGACGGUCACAUGCAGAUUAAAGGAUCAGGAGGGAGGAUGUUCACUCUCUCUACAGCCAAUGAGGACAUGGAGGCCUACACAAAGCUCACAGACAACGUGUUUGAGGAAAUACUGAAGUCUUCCUGCUCAGAGCUAAAAAAGGCAAGAGAGAUUCUGCAAAACAUCAUCUCUCGAAAGAUCUACAAGUUUGUUGGUGAGACAAUGCGACAGGUCCCCAUCCAGGAUUGGGAAAGCCUGAUUCCUAGCUGGAAAAAAGGACUGGCUGAGGGAGAAAGAAACCUGACACCAAAGGACUUUGAAAUCCUGGUCAUUGAAAUGGACUAUGGCAUGGACGAUAAAGACCCUAUCCAACAUGUUCAUUUCUACAGCAAAUCUGAGCUUGACAAGGCAAAGCCAAUGCCCGAAGAAAAGCUGGUUGCGCUGUGCCAGCCUCGGUUGCAUCCAGCCGAAAGACCGGACAUCCCCGCAGAACUACGGAGGAAGAGAAGGGGAUGCAGAGCCGGAGUGAAGUGCCGGGAAAAGAAAAGACGGUACAAACCAUCCGUGCCGUCUUUAAUUAUGGGGAAUGUAAGAUCUCUCCCUAAUAAGAUGGAGGAGCUGACGGCGCUCACCCGGCUUCAGAGGGAGUACCGAGAGUGUAGCAUCAUGCAGUUCACGGAGACAUGGCUGAAUGAACUCACUCCGGACACGCUCGUAACUUUGGACGGCUUCCCUCGUCAGAGCGGACCGGAGCGCGAGGGAGAGCGGUAA